AUGGACUUGAAAUCAGUCGAGGAUCUUAAAGAUGUGCUUCGGCCCGACUUCUUUCAUGGUUACGCUACCGCCGCAGCACAGAUUGAAGGCGCCUGGAACAAAGACGGCAAGGGAGUCUCGAUUUGGGAUACUUUCGGCCAUACCCCCGGCAAAGUCUCGGAUGGGAGCACGGCCGACGACGCCGUCCGAGCAUACGAUUUUUACCGUGAAGAUGUGGCACUUAUGAAGUCUUAUGGUGUGAACGCCUACCGAUUCUCCCUUGCCUGGUCGCGCAUCAUCCCACUAGGUGGUCGCGACGAUCCCGUGAAUGAACAGGGUAUUCAAUACUACUCCGAUCUUAUAGACGAGCUCAUAAGCCAUGGCAUUACUCCGUUUGUGACUCUUUUCCACUGGGAUACUCCCCAGGCAUUGGAAGAUCGGUAUGGGGGCAUGUUGAACCAGCAAGCAUACACCCCGGAUUUUGUACGCUACGCGCGGGUCUGUUUUGAGCGAUUCGGCGAUCGUGUUAAGUACUGGAUCACUUACAAUGAGCCCGGAGUCUAUACACUGGCUGGCUACGCCGCUGGUGUUCAUGCCCCAGCACGAUCAUCAUUCCGCGAUCGCAAUGCCGAAGGCGACUCGUCGACUGAGCCUUUUACUGUCGCUCACACUGAGCUAGUGUCCCAUGGUCAUGUUUCUCGGAUGUACCGCGAAGAGUUCCAGCCACACCAGAAAGGAACUAUUGGAAUUACUCUCCACGGCAAUUGGUCUGAACCUUGGGACGAAGAAGAUCCCUUAGAUCAAGCCGCAGCUGAGCGGGCCCGUGAAUUCGAAAUCUCAUGGUUUGCCGACCCUUUGUAUAAGACAGGCGAUUAUCCUGCAUCCAUGCGUGCGCAGCUCGGCGAUCGGUUACCACGUUUCACAGAAGAGGAAUCGAAACUUGUUUUCGGGAGCUCUGAGUUCUAUGGCAUGAAUAGCUAUACACAAUUUUUCGUGAAGCAUAAGUACACGCCACCUGAUAUCAACGACCACAAGGGCAAUGUGGAAAGCCAUGAUGAGAAUAAACAAGGUAUCUCACGAGGCGAAGAAAGUGACACACCUUGGCUUCGCGCCGCGCCCGGUGGAUUCAGAAAACUGUUGAACUGGAUCUGGAAGCGAUACCAGAUGCCAAUAUAUGUUACAGAAAACGGUACUACUGCGAAGGGAGAAGUAGCUCCCACACCGGAAAUUCUCAAUGACACGUUCCGCAUCAAGUUCUUCGAGGGCUAUGUUGGCAAUGCAUUGGCUCGAGCUGUCAAGGAAGAUGGGGUUGAUAUUCGGUCUUAUUUCGCGUGGACCUUCACGGAUAACUGGGAAUGGGCCGCUGGGUAUUCAGAUCGAUUUGGGUGCACGUUUAUUGACUUUGAAUCGGAGGAGAAGAAGCGCUACCCUAAGCAGUCCGCUCACUACUUGGACAAGUUGUUCAAGCAUUUGAUUCAACAGACCUAG